UCCGGCUGCUGGUCCACGGCAUGCUGGGAACUUUCCGCAUCCUGGCAUCCUGCGAGGGAUUCAUUCAUCAGUAGAACAAACGCCGUCUGAUGGAGUAGGUGCGCUAGUGACACAGAGUGAACCGGACCGAACGGAUGCUCCAAAAGGCGACAUUCCCGUCUUGUUUGGCGCCAUAUUUACUAGGACCAAUCGGAGUCGGCAGCUCUGCAUUUGCGUGACUGCGUGUGUGCGCGAGAUAGUCCUGUUUUUGGACCCGAUUGUUUGUGUAACUUCGCGCGCUUUUGUGUCUUAUAUACCAACGGGUCGGAAAAUUGGGUACCAAAAAAAGGGAUUUGAAAAGGCGUGAGAUUUGCGGCCAGCUGCUGGACGACUGCCAGCGCACUGAAAUCUUAAUUAGCCAUUUAAUGGCAGUUGGCACACAACAAAGCCCGAUGCAGCAGCAUUUGCAGCAGGAACCGUAGCCCAUCCAACGCCGAUCAGCUUGAGUGUUUUAUGGUCCCGCAGUGGCAGCCAAAGCCCUAACAUACAACAUACAACUAAAAGCAGCAGGAAGUAUUAGCACGCGCCAAGGAAACAAAGCAAUCUACAAAGAUGGCCGGCGGCGGCAGGACAGCCGGCAAAUACGGAUAUUCGGACAACAAUUAUUACAGUGGUCACUCGUACAAGAGCAUCAACGAUGAGAUUAUACUGGUCAGCAUCAUCAUGGGCAUCACCAUACUGGUCCUCAUCACCAUCGCCCUGUGCUACAUUGCGUAUGAGAAGUGCCAGAAGAAGCGGGAGUACUAUAUCAACGCCUAGAGGGUGCUCCGGUGUCCCCACCGGAAUUUGAGACCCCAGAAUGGGGCUCCUUUCAUCCUCUGUCUUUGUUAUCCUCUGCAGUGGGAGGCAGUGCAAGGCCAAAUGUCAACACGGUCUGCGACAAUGUUGACGUUGACGAUUUAGUUGGCCAACAAAAAUAACCCAGAGAGGCUGCAUCCAACCGCCGGCCUGCGUUUUCUUCCAGCCCCAACCCAACUUCCAGCCCAAACAACCAGCAGACACGUACCCAAAUCGGAAACCAGUGGCAUUUUUGUGCUGCUUAAACGUUCCGCCAUCUCCGUUGGCUUGGCCACA